CUCUAGUUCACAACCCUUAUAAAAAACAAUCUCUUCGUCUGCUAGCAUUUGAGAAGAUUAGGGUUUAAACGCCGCCGUGUUCCGCCGGAUCGCCACCGUUGAAGUCAAGAUGCCGUCGCACAAGUCGUUCAUGAUCAAGAAGAAGCUGGGGAAGAAGAUGAGACAGAACAGGCCAAUCCCUAAUUGGAUCCGUCUCCGUACUGACAACAGGAUCAGGUACAACGCUAAGCGUAGACACUGGCGCCGUACCAAGCUUGGGUUCUAGAGCGCGCUCUCGAGGUCCACAGCCAUGUCUCAGAUUCGUCCGAGUUUCCUAAUUGCCUUCUCUUGGGUCUUUGACCCCCUAUAAAGUUUUAGUUUUUGUUGGCUUUGCUAUGUUAAAUCUUAAGACUUGCAUAAUGCUUGAAUAUGAAUUAUGAUAGUUGAAUCCUUUCUCUUACAAUAUGAAUAUGAAUCUUGUUUCUGUUUCUCUAA